GAAACUUCUCUCUCCUCAGUCUCACUGCUGGCUACAGGCACCAGGGCACUGCCCACCAGCACUGGAGUGCUACUAGCGGCCCUGAAGGUGAAGGAAGCAUCUAGAAUUUGCUGGGCCAGCUGACCUCAUCCCUGGAAACCGCAGCUCCCCCUGCUGGUGGUCUGCCACCGAGCUCACAGAAACAGCUCCCGCCUUCAGUUCAGGGACCCAUUUCCCUGGCGCCAUGAAACUGAGCAGCCUUUCCCUGCUGGCCUUGACUGUCCUGCUUUGCCUCCACGUGGCCCAGGCUGGAUUACGGAAGAAUGGAACUAAAUGGAAACCUGGAUUUUGCCCGGAGUUUGGUCUUGACUGUAUUUUCAAUGGAUUCCCUGGGUGCCUGAGUGAUCGAAGUUGCAAGGGGAUCAAGAAGUGUUGCUACUACAACUGCCGACAUCAGUGUAUGGAUCCAUCAUGAUUUCAGAAUUGAGGUAGAAGCUUCUUAACCUGGCCUGUGAAGACAUUGAUGCUCUAGGCUCAGACUUGGAAACCUGGACCCCAAUUCUUCCCUCCUUCUCCCAGGCCCUUCCUGUUAUCAAGAAUUAAAUGCAUUUGAG